CGCCUGCUGGGAAUUGUAGUUUCCGCCCCCCCCAGCUCUUUGUUUUUAUCCGGUGGGAGGCAGUUAGUGACCCGCAAAGGAAAAUCAGCUCAGUUCGGUCAACACUCUAGCCUUAGGCGUUUAACAGUUUUUAGAGGAGAAAUUCAUAUCUGGCUAUGUGGCUCUUGGUUCUCAAGGGAAGAAGUAAUAGUGUGAAGCUCUGGUGGAUUCCAAGCCUGUUUUAUCUUCUUCACAGUUCUGGAGCUCCAGUCUUCACCUUCACCCCAGACGUCAUCUCCUGGCUUCCAGUGCAGACUAUUCAGCCUCCUGGUAUGGACUCACAAGAGACAGUACAGGGAGCUCCGGGCCUUUGACUGGAUCCUUCAGAUCUCCAGCACACAGACAGCCCUUUUGCACUUUUCCACCCGUGUGGGUGGCCAUUGGCUUCAUACAGGAAAUAUAUUGCUGUGUCAAGUUUCAGAGAAGAGUUUCUUCUUUUCCAAAUUACUAAUCAGACUACAACACGUCAAGUUGAAGGAAAAGACUAGGAGGAAAGGAGUGCCCUGCUGCCCAUGAGCAGGAAAAUCCAGCACCAAGAAGUUGCUGAAAGCCUGGCCGCGCUCACAGCUGUUGCUUGACUUGUGAGGAGGAAACACACUGAGUGAAGGGCAGAAAACAAGAGAAAUGCUCUGCCCUUGGAGAACUUCUGACCUAGGGCUACUCCUGCUGUUUACAGUUUUCUCAGUGGCGGCUUCAGCUAAUUCGUGUAUGGAUGGAAAGCAGAUGACGGAGAACAAUUCCUCCGCCCUUACAGAAGUUAACAUUUUAGAGUCUGUACCCAUGGGCACAAGGGCUGUGCUCUGUUGCCCUCCUGUCCUACUGGCAAAAGUAAUGUUAAUGACAUGGAAAAUAACCCUCAGAGGCCAGUCUCUCUGCACAAGAGCACAUAAAAAAGAAACAAAUAAGACCAUCGACACCAACUGCACUGAUGGGAGAAUAACCUGGGCCUCCAGACCUGACCUGAGUCCUGACCUUCAGAUUAAUGAAGUGGCUGUCACUCAUGAUGGAAUUUACAUCUGUGAAACAGCAACAUUUAAUGGGAAUUUCUACAAUGUGUAUCAACUCCAAGUGCUAGUGCCCCCUGAAGCAAACAUCUUUUUCAGUGAGAAUAAAACUUUGGUAGUGUGUGAGACAGCUGCCGGCAAGCCAGCUGCGCAGAUCUCCUGGACUCCAGAGGGGCACUGUGUGACUAAGGACGAAGAGAACAGCGAUGGCACUGUGAUGGUCAGAAGUACCUGCAGCUACUCAGACAGUAAUGUAUCCACUGUGACCUGCUUGGUCUCCCAUUUGACUGGCAACAGGAGUCUCUCCCAAGGUCUGCCUUCUGAUACCUCAAAAUCAAAUGAAUUAUAUAUUAAAUACAUCAUUCCUCCUAUUAGUAUUAUUUUGAUCAUCGUGGGAUCAGUUUGGCUUUUGAAAAUCAGGGCCUUCAGGAAAUGUAAGCUUAAAAAAUCAGCAGCUACUUCUGUCAUUGAGGAGGAUGAAAUGCAGCCCUAUGCUUGCUACACAGAGAAGAACAACCCACUCUAUGAAGCUACAAGCAAGGUUUAGGUGUUUCAAGUAUCACAAAGUGAAGCUGAUGGCAUAGACCUCCAUACUUUAUAAGUUAUUGGGAUCUAGCACCAGGAAAAAUUAAUCAAGAUACAUUAUACUUACUGUUUUGAGUUCUCUUACAGAUCUAGAAUGGAAAACCUAUUUUGAAGUCAGUUUUGGAAAACUUCUUGGAAGAAAAAGAUGUUCUAAUGGAUUUGUAUUUAUGUCCUUUUACAAUGGGAAUUUUAGAAUCUUAGCUGCUAUUAGCUAGUUCUUUGAAGAACUUGUUAUUGUGCAAAGAAAACACAUGCUCAUAAAAUAUUCAAAUUGUGCAAUACAGUGAAUAAUGAAAACUAAGUUUCUUCAAGAAAUAAUUUUGUCAAAGGGGCAAUCAUCAACAGUUUCUCAUGUAUUCUUUAAGAUUUCUACAUACAUUUGAUAUGUUUAUGUGGCUAUGGUAUAUAUAUGCAUUUAUGUAUCUAUUUACAUUUGUGUUUGUGUGUAUAUAUAUAUGUGUGUAUGUGUGUGUCAAGACACAAAUAGGAACAUAUUGUAAUGCUAUCCAGUUCUUAUAAAAAAGCUAAUAAUGUAAGUCUUGGAGAUAUUUUCAUGUCAGCACAAGAAAAUCUACCUCAUUCUUUUCUAAUGGCUACAUAAGAUUCCAUUGUAUGAUUAUAUCAUAAUUUAAUUAACUACAGCCCCAGUGAUGGACAUUUAGAUUAAGUUUUGUUUAUGGUAUAAAUAAUAACAGUAUAAUGCUUCUUGUGGAUAUAUUUCUUCCCACUGUUUGAAUGUAUCAGUAGGAUAAUUUCCUUGAGUGAAAUUUCCAGGUCAAUUUGUAUGCACUUUUAUUAUUGAUAGGUAUGUCACAUUGUGUCAAUUUACAUUCCCCCAACAGUGUAAGUUGUGCCUUGUAUUGAUAUCUGCAAGAUUCUCACUUCCUUGAUUCCCAUUUUCUCUUUUAAAUUAAACAGUUGGCUAAUAUGAUGCAAGAUUAUAAGAACUGUACUAUUUAAUAAAACUGGAUUUAUAUUUUUUGUUGUAUUUUAAAGAGAGAAUAUAUGUGUAAAAAUGUUUGAUUUCUUCUGAGACCCUCCUGCCUCUAUGGAAGUGUUAAUAUUCAAUAUGUAACAGUUUUGCAGAUGAUACAGGUUGGAAUUGUGUAUUUUUGUAGUAUACAUUGUAUUCUGGUGUAUUUCUCAAGUAGUAGAUAUUUAUGGGGUAUAUAUGUAGCUAAAUAUGCACUACAGAUGAUUUGGAGUUUCUGCAUGCUAAGAGAACAACCAUAGGAUGACAUGACCCUCCCCUACAUUUUUCUAUGGAGUAAAAUAUUGGGAAUAUGUAUAUUGAAAAUUUUUAAUAACAUAAAAAUCUUGUUAGAUGUGAAAAGUAUGAAAA